UAUAAAUACUCUCUUCCCCCACCUCAAUUUCUCUCUUCUUCUCCUUUCUUAUUCUCAUUAUUAUUAUUAACAUUCUUUUCCCUUUCUCAAACCUCUUACUUCUUCUUUGGAAACUUUUGAACGUGUAUUGUGAAUUCAAAAUUUGAUAUUGAUUCACUUGAAGCUUCGUAAAUCAGUUGUUGUAUGGUAAAAUUAUCCAUAGACCUGGAUCCAAUGGACCUAAAGACAAAUCACACUCAUCGGCUUGCCGAUGCUGCAACCAUAACAAGGACGAGAUCAAGGCUCGGCACGCCUUCAAGUUUAUCAUGUUCUCCUACAGGUGCUACAACUUUUCUACAUGGUCCUUCGCUAGCGAUUCCAAGGAAAAAGACAGGAAUUCUUGAUGAUGUUCGUUCCAACGGUUGUCUCGAUGCAAUGAGAUCAUCUUCUCCUACUAACAAGAAAAUAUCAAUGGAUAUUGGUCAUGGUGUUGCAUUCUUUGAUGUUGAUGCUGCUUAUUUAACAUGGCAGUUAGAAUUUCCCUCAGCACUUGCAUCUUUUGAGCAAAUUACUAACUUUGCAAAAGGAAAGAAAAUAGUAUUGUUUCUCGAUUAUGACGGGACUCUUUCGCCGAUCGUUGACAAUCCUGACCAUGCUUUCAUGUCUGAAAGUAUGCGUGCCACUGUUAAAAGCAUGGCAAAAUAUUUUCCUACUGCAAUAAUUAGCGGAAGAUGCCGUGAAAAGGUACAUGAAUUUGUUGGAGUAACAGAUCUUUAUUAUGCUGGUAGUCAUGGAAUGGACAUUAUUGGUCCUCCAAGACAAUCUGAUAAGCACCCUACUUGCAUUAGGUCUACUUAUAAUAAGGGUAAUGAAGUUAAUUUAUAUCAGCCUGCAGCUGAAUUCUUGCCUAUGAUUGAUGAGGUACUUAGCUUGCUCAUUGAAUGUACAAAAGAUAUCAAAGGAGCAAAGGUUGAGAACAAUAAAUUUUGUGUCUCGGUACACUAUCGUAACGUAGACGAGGAGAAUUGGGAUAUGGUGGCACAAAUUGUUUAUGAUAUUCUGAAAGACUAUCCACAUUUGCGAUUAACUCACGGUCGCAAGGUUUUAGAGGUUCGACCAGUGAUCGAUUGGGAUAAGGGAAAAGCUGUUACAUAUUUGCUUGAAUCACUUGGACUUAACGAAGACAACGACGUGCUAGCUAUAUAUAUUGGGGACGAUCAGACCGAUGAAGAUGCAUUUAAGGUUCUGAGUGAGUUUAAUAAAGGUUUUGGAAUCUUAGUGUCUUCUGCUCCUAAAGAAAGCAAUGCAAUUUACUCUCUUUGUGAUCCUUCAGAGGUUAUGGAAUUUCUCAAGUCACUUGUGGUAUGGAAAUCAAUCUCAUUAGUAUAAUGUAUAGAGGAGAAUAUACUUCUACUAUACUAUAUAUUAAAGACAAAUUCUGAUUUUGUGUUUGGUUGAGAACAUUUCAAGGGUUUCUAGGAGCAGAAUUUGGCUCUGAAGACCUCUCAAGAUAGGAAUAAUAUUAUCAUUAUUCAGUUUUUUUUUUUGUUCUCAAAGCUUUUUUGAUAGCCGUAAAUUAAAUUUCUGGCUCAUAAUUAUAUAUAUGCCAGAAAUAUUAUAAAAAAUGUGCCUAGAGAUUAUUUUUGUCCCCGUCAAAAAAUUUAUUAUUUAAUUCAUAUUCUUUCUGCACCAUUGGAUAUUACCCCUAACAAGAAAAUUAGGGAAUACAUUUGUAAUUGUUCUUUUAUUUUGAUUCUUUCAAGUUAAGGAAGAAUUUAAUGGGUUAAUGUUUUUCCAAAUAUACUUUAGAUGUUAUUAAUUUA